UAUUAAUAGUGAUGCUCAGGCGCUGAGCUGCGGCGGGGCGGUAUAUCAAUCAAUGUGUAUCAGAAGGGGAUUAAUCGAAGCUGAAUCGAUUUUUUUGCACAAUAUCUCGUCUGGACCACAACAUAUACCUGUAUUAUAUUUUGGAUCUCCGUGUAACAGUGUUUAAAUGAAUCUUAUAAGAUAUAUGAACAGCCGGGCACCAGCUAAUAAAAGGUAUCAGCCGACAGAAUAUGAGCACGCUGCUAACUGCGCUACACACGCGCUCUGGAUCAUUCCCAGCAUUGUGGGUGGACUUCUUUUAUACUUCCUUUCGGAUGACCACUGGGAGGAGAUCUCAGCGUGGCUCUAUGGCGCCGGCUUGUCGAGCCUUUUUAUUAUUUCCACUGCCUUCCACACCAUCACCUGGAAGAAGAGCCAUAUGCGAUCGGUUGAGCAGUGUUUCCACAUGUGUGACAGGAUGGUGAUCUACUUCUUCAUUGCCGCAUCCUACACACCCUGGCUGACUUUACGAGAACUCGGCCCAUGGGCUGCUCACAUGCGCUGGGUUGUCUGGGUGAUGGCCUCAGGAGGAACAGCAUACGUCUUCUUCUUUCAUGAGAGGUAUAAAGUGGUCGAGUUGGUCUGUUACACAGCAAUGGGAGUGUUUCCAGCGAUGGUCAUUCUCUCGAUGGCCGACAGGUCGGGUGUGUGCGAGCUGUUGGUUGGUGGCGGGUGUUACGUGUUGGGGAUGGUGUUCUUUAAAAGUGAUGGAGUGGUGCCCUUUGCGCACGCCAUAUGGCACCUGUUGGUUGCCAUGGGGGCGGGCAUCCAUUACUACGCCAUCUGGAAGUACUUGUACACACCUGGCAAUCAACAGACUAGCACCGCUCGGUGACACACAAACACACACAUUUCUACACACACAAAUGCUGUUCCAACACUGUAAUAUAAACAAAUAAUUUGAUUGAGGGAAGGAAAAAUAUUUCAUUCCAAAUUAGUUUACAUUCUGCUUAUGGGAAGCACAGCUACACAUACUGUCCUUAUUAAACGAUCAGGGGCUAAUCCCUGGUGGCGCUAUACAUAUAUAUAAA